ACGGAUUUGUAUCAUUUGUCUGGUAUAGUUAGCUGUGCUUACUUGAAUGUGAAUAGCCACGCACUCGGCUGUUAGACUGUCAUUUGCUGUACAGCCAAGACAAAUCAGCAAGCCGAACUUUGGCUAAACGUUAGCUGUUGGCAGCUCUGUCAGGGAGCGUCAGUUUGAGGUUGUUGCCGGUGUAACGUUAGUUAAUAGUGCUGAUAGAUGUCGAGAUGACCGCAGCAGAUCAGCUACAAAACAUCAAAAUAACGUGAUCUAAAACUGCCUGUUGUUUAACAGCGCCGUCCUGUCUGACAACUUAAAUGUCGUUUAAGUCAGAAGCCACGUUUGCUAACUUCCUUCACUGCCAUAUCAUAACUCUCAAUGCCUAUAAAAUGCAUGUGCUACCGUUGAACUUGUUCAUCAUGUAUUGUUUUCCGGUAAUGAAUCACACAGUCACAAUUAGGCGUUUUGACAUUGAACAACAGAAAACGACUUAAACGACAGAAUUUAGUAAAGAGACGCUUGGCAGCAGCUACAGCCUUGACUCUAUUAGGAUAGGCAAGUCUGUAUCAGGAUACUGCAGUUUUCUCCCCACCAUUCAUCUUCGCACAGCUGUUCUGAAGAUGCUCUGUUAAGUUGCUUAAGGACUGUGAGAGAAAAGCAGUACGGCUUCUGCCACAAAUUGGGGCGGCUGUGGCUCAGCAGAUAGAAGGUGUCGUCCACCAAGUUCCAUACCCGGCUCCUUCGGUCCGCAUGUCCAAGUGUCCUUGAGUAAGACACUGAACCCCAAGUUGCUCCCUACAGUUAGGCCAGUGCCUUGCAUGGUGGCUCGCUGUGAUUGGUGUGUGUGAGGGUGAAUGAGAGGUAAAGCGAUUUGGAUAAAAGCACUAUAUAAAUGCAGCCCAUUUACCAGUCAUUUAAAUGUUUGAUUGGAUUUAAAGUGUGGACUCUGACUCAGCCACUCUAGGACAUUAACGUUGUUGUUGUUGGCAAGUCAGUUUUUCUGUUGCGAUGGCUUUAUGUUUGGGAUCAUUUUCUUACCGGAAAGUAAAUCUUCUUCCUAGCAUCGGUUUUCGUGCUGCAUGCAGUCAGUUUCUCAGAAGGCAUGUGGAGAACUCAGUUUCCCACACGCCUUCUAGCAAACAUUAGCAUAGAUGUCACACGAGGUUUUUCUCUUUUGUUCUCUGCAAUGAAGCUGCCACUGCUGAAUCCCCUGGGCAACAGUUGUAUGCACAGUGUCUCUCGUCUCCACAUGUCCACAGACCAUGACCUGUAUGACUGAGAAUCUUCACAGAUUUCUUCUCACGGGGAGACUCAGUUUUCGACAGCGGUCUGCUGCAGGCAGACUUACAGCUCUCCCAUAGUUUAUCCAUUCAAAAAAAUACUAUACUGUACUCUGGAGAAUAUUCAGUGCCUCAGAAAUAUUCAGAUAUGCUUCCCCUGAUCGUUACUUUUCAAGUCUUGGACUUGUUUAGAAUGUUGCUUUGACGAUCAUCCUUAAUUGCCCGACUUUGUAAAGCAUUUUGAUGUGACAUUGUCUUCCACACAAAAGAGAAACAACACUUUUGCAGGAGAGGUGUAAACCUGUUACAGAUAAACUUUGACAUGUGUGUGUCUAUACAGCUCCAUCAUGAAAGGGAGUUGUUAGGAAGUAGUUUCAGGUUUGUUCUGCCUGAACACAUUUCUUGAAAGAGAUUUGAUGCACACGCUGCUAUCAGUGCACAGCAACUGUCCUUCUCUUUCUCUUAUAACUUGAAGCUCAGCAUGGUCUACACCUCUGUAACAAAUACCAGAGACGUGGUGGGCCUUGCUGCUGUUGUCCUUGUUGCCUGUGGGCCGGCCAUUCUAUGUUCCUGGAGUCGCUCCCCGGGACUUCCAUGAGGGUGACACAGUAGAUAUUAAGGCAGUGAAGCUGACCAGCUCCCGUACCCAGCUUCCUUAUGAAUACUACUCCCUGCCUUUCUGUAAGCCAGAAUCAAUUUUCUACAAGGGAGAGAACCUGGGUGAGGUGUUACGUGGGGACCGUAUUGUGAAUACUCGCUACAAUGUCGAGAUGAACAAGGACAAAAAAUGUGAGAUGGUGUGCAACAAGAAAAAGCUCAGCAUAGAAGAGAGCAAGCUGAUUGCUGAGCGAAUCCAGGAGGAGUAUUAUGUUCACCUUAUUGCAGAUAACCUGCCAGUUGCCACCAGGUUAGAGUUUUACCCCAACAGAGAGGCAGGAGUGGAGGAGGAGCAGAAGAAGGACGUGGUGAGAGAUAUCCAGUUUGAGCAUGGCUACAGACUGGGCUUUGUCGACAACAACAAGUUUUAUCUGCACAACCACCUGUCCUUCAUCCUGUACUUCCACAGGGAGAAACUGGAGCAGGGCGAAGUUCAUAACUACAGGGUGGUGCGAUUUGAGGUCGUACCCCAAAGUGUAAAAGUUGAUGAUCUGAAGGCUGUGGAAAAUGAGAAGACUUGCACCUUGCCUGAAGCCAGCGGCUCUGCCCCCCAGGAGAUUGAACCGAGCAAGGAGAACGAGGUCCUCUUCACGUACUCUGUCCGCUGGGAGGAGAGCGAGGUAAAGUGGGCAUCUCGAUGGGACACGUACCUGACCAUGAGCGAUGUCCAGAUUCACUGGUUCUCCAUUGUCAACUCUGUGGUGGUUGUCUUCUUCCUGUCUGGUAUUCUGAGUAUGAUCAUUAUCAGGACCUUGAGAAAGGACAUUGCUAACUACAACAGAGACGAUGACAUAGAGGACACCAUGGAGGAGUCAGGAUGGAAGAAUGUCCACGGUGACGUCUUCAGGCCACCUCAGUACCCCAUGAUCCUCAGCUCUCUGCUGGGCUCAGGGAUCCAGCUCUUUUGCAUGAUCCUCAUUGUCAUCUUUGUUGCCAUGUUGGGCAUGUUGUCUCCGUCCAGUAGAGGAGCCUUGAUGACCACUGCUUGCUUCCUCUUCAUGUUCAUGGGUGUAUUUGGUGGCUACUUUGCUGGCAGACUGUACCGCACUCUGAAGGGCCAUCGGUGGAGAAAAGGAGCAUUUUGUACAGCAACUUUGUAUCCUGCAGUGGUUUUUGGAAUCUGCUUCAUCCUCAACUGUUUCAUCUGGGGAGAACACUCCUCUGGGGCGGUUCCCUUCACCACAAUGCUGGCCCUGCUGUGUAUGUGGUUCGGUAUCUCCAUGCCCUUGGUCUACCUGGGCUACUACUUUGGCUUCCGCAAACAGCCGUAUGAUAACCCAGUCCGCACCAACCAGAUCCCUCGACAGGUCCCAGAGCAGCGCUGGUACAUGAACAAGUUUGUAGGAAUCCUGAUGGCUGGGAUCUUGCCAUUUGGUGCCAUGUUCAUCGAGCUCUUCUUCAUUUUCAGUGCUAUCUGGGAGAAUCAGUUCUAUUACCUCUUUGGCUUCCUGUUUCUGGUCUUCAUCAUCUUGGUGGUCUCCUGCUCUCAGAUCAGCAUUGUAAUGGUGUAUUUCCAGCUCUGUGCAGAGGACUACCGGUGGUGGUGGAGAACUUUCCUGGUUUCAGGAGGCUCAGCGUUCUACGUCCUCAUUUACGCCGUCUUCUACUUUGCCAACAAGCUGGACAUUGUGGAGUUCAUCCCCUCCCUCUUGUACUUUGGCUAUACGGCCCUGAUGGUCCUGUCGUUCUGGCUGCUAACAGGCACGAUUGGCUUUUACGCAGCCUACAUGUUCAUCAGGAAAAUCUACGCUGCGGUCAAGAUCGACUGAGUCGUCACUGUCGCUGCUGUUCUCGUUGUUUUUGGUUUGUUUUUGUUUUGUCACGUUCUGGUUUUUUUUUUUUUUUUUUUUGUAUAUAUUUUUUAUUCUUCAUGUCCAACAAGCACUGACUUGUGUGUCGAGGGAACGAGAGGGGUGCUUUUUACGGCGCGACAGCCCCACCCACUGGCCUCAUGGGGAAGAACAGCAAGGUGGCAGUGCUAAACAGCAGCUGUUUUUCUCUCUCCCUCUCCCCCUUGCUUCUAUCCCCCCCCCUCCUCUUUCCAGGACAGAGACCCAGAGGGAAUUCUCCUUUGAUGGGACAGUUAAUGUCUUCUGCUGUUUCACCUUGCACACAACACAGUGGGCCAAAGCUUGUCAAACGAUGGUUUCUGCACAUUUUCGUUUUGUCUUUUAAUUUGUGUUAUGAGUCUAACUUAUCCAGGUUUUUAUUUUUGUCAUCACAGGAUUUAGACUUAAUUUCUUUCAAUCAUCUUCUGGAAGCUAUUUUCAUCUGAUUUCCUUACAUAGAUUCUGUCUUUACUCUUUCCAUUGUCUCUGUUUGCAAAUGUCACUUUGGUUUCAUUUCAGAGACUUUGGAGAUCAGGGAAGGAUUGGGGAGUCUAACUGUGGUUAUGGUGUUAACUUUGUUGUGUUGAACUGAUAUGGAUAGAAAUUAUGCUGGGAAGUUCUACAUUGUAACACAAGAAAGGAUAAAUUAAAUGUUCUAUUAUUUUUACUCCAGUUUCCAUGUCCUGGUGUGACCAUGUUAACCACAACUGUAAUCAAAAUAUUAGCUUCUCCUUCCAAAACAAUGGGUCUCUUAUUAAUGUCAAAAUAUUGGUCCAUUUGCUCUAAAUGAUACAGAACAGCUCUGAAUGGUACUAUGAACCCGAUGCCCUAUAGCAGUGGACUGAAGCCACUGGAUUUGGAGAAAAGGAAAGGCUACAGUCGACACUGAAAUGACAAGGAGGAGUAACCUUUUGUAUUUGGAAGUCUACAACACAAAUGUGUGUUUGAAGCUUUUCCAGUAGAAACUUACAAAAAAAGUACAAGUUUUUCCGCUCGUUAACCAUGCCGUCGGUGUAGCCUUAGCAGUGCCGGAUGCCUGCUGAACUAUGCAGUACUGGAAAGAGAGUGCAAAACUGCUGUUUGUGGUUGUUUCAAAGGACCAUUUUUGUUGAGAAAUGACGCCUCCUUUCUUUAAGUUUGAAUCUAAUGUAUGAUACAUUUUUAUGUACAAUAUAUAUAAAAAAAGAUUUUUGAAAGCCAGCAAGAUCACCUCUGUGUGUUUCUACCAAUAGUGGUAGAUAUCAUUUUGACAGUGCUUGGGUGUCAUGGAAUGCAGAGCAUUGAAAUGUAAUCCAGUGUUAGAUCUGUACAGUCAAUGUUUUUGUGUAGACUGAUACCCAUAUUCUUGAAUUACAGCUCAUGUUUUUUCCUUUCUUUUCAAAUGACAUUUUUGGGGUUACAAAAUGUGGUUAUAUUUUAGUGCGUUUCAUCAGAUCUUUUAGCUAAAAACUUUAAAAUGCAUUUUGAACAUGGGUGGAACCUGAUUUAAAAAUGUUGCCUGACAAGCAACUCAAGCUAAGGGCUUCCCAUAGACAACCAAUGUAUUUUACUGUAGCUAAAUUACACAAUAUAUAUUAAUCAAAUUACAUCAUAGUCAUGACAUUAAAGGAAUAGUUUGACAUUUUGUGAAAUACACUCUGAAGCUACAACCAGCAGUUGGUUAGCUUAGCUUAACAGACUGGAAACGGGGAAACAGCUUGCCUCAGUCUGUCCAAAGGUAACACAAUCUAGCCAGGCUAGCUGUUUCCCGCCUUGAUGCUAAGCUGAGCUAACCAGCUGCUGGAGAUGGCUUCGUAUUUAGCGUACAACUAACUCGCAAUUUCCCAAAGUGACAAACCAGUCCUUUAAAGACAACAUAGACGGAUCGACAUCAUUCUAUCCCUAUUAUAUAUCAGUGCUGCUCUGUGACAGAUAUCCCAAGUCCAGCAGAACACUGGUAUACGUUAUCAAUAAAUUUAAUGGUGGAUCGUAGCAUGACAAGCUCCUUCUAAACAAAUAACUCUUCAAAGAUGAAAGGAAACUUAAGUAAACCCAUACAGCAUGCAGGGCUCUCUCUGAGCCCUUUGGGUAAAUAUUUAUUGGAUAUCAUAAUUGUCGCAUGGUUACCGUCAAACUAAUUUUAGUGAAGAAUCGAUGUGCUUCACUUGAUUAGUUGGUUGGUGUUUUUGCACAGAAGUAAAGGGGAUUUGUCAGUGCGGGGCUGUAGAGAGGAGGGACAGGUGCCUAGAUCAACCCUGAUUCUUCAGGGGCAAAACAGUUGAAUGAAUGAAUGACUCAUCCUCCUGCGCCCUCUCCUUCCUUAAUUCUAAUCAAGCCGACCCAACACUUGUUAAGCUAUGACUGAGCUGCUUGAACAGUGAGACAAGCCAAAACAUAUGUUACCCCUGCCACUUGCUACAGGACAUGGCUGCUCAGUAAAGCCUCAUAGAUUGCCUCAAUUCAAAUUCAUGUAUUGACCAUUACUCUUUCAUUUAUUUACACUCCAUCAGAAAGUCAGAUACCAUCUCCUAUUUACUUUACCACGUUCUGCCCUCUAUUAUGUCAAAGAGUUACUGAGCUCUGACACUUGGCUGCUGUCUUAUGUUGGGACAGACAGACACUCCUCUCCUGCUGUUGAAGUGCACAUGCCAGGGGAGAUUUUUUACAGAUAGACUUUUAAGAGGCCCGAGUCAUGCGUGCGUAUGUGUGAUCGAGGGGUUUACAAUGUAAAUAAAAGAAAACAGCUUUGUAUUUGUUGCGUUUCGCUGUUUGUGGCGCUCUCUGUAAUAAUCCUGUCAUCGUUUUAGCCAAAAGCAUGAUGCUCAUGAUGACUUUCAACAGAAACUUGUUUCUGUUACUUUUCUUUGUUUCUUUUACAGAAUCUCCAAUUACAAAAUGUACAAUGACAAAACAAUAAAGUGCUGACAAGUUGACUAUGAAAA